AUGUUAGGUAUUUCUGGAAAAUUCGUGAAAGAUGAUAAACUUUUUAUUGGAUGCGCUUUGAAUAUUUUGAUAGUUUCUGCAAUUUUGAUGAUUAUUUCAAUAAUUUGUUCAUUUAAAAUCAAAGAAACUAUUCAAAAUGAUUUAUCAAAUCGUUUAGAAUAUCCUGCAAUUCAUAACUUAUUAAUCUGUCAAUGUAUUUCACCAAUAAUUUGCAUAAUUAUCCCAUCUACAUUGAUUUGUUUAUUAGGUUUGACUGGAAUUGGAUUGCAUUCUAUAAUAACUGAUAUAUUUUCAAUACUUUUAUCAAUGCAUCCAAUGAUUAAUUCAACAAUUUUGAUAGUUCGAGUUAAAGAGUUUCGUGCUUGCAUUUACAUGAAAAAAGGGACACGAACAAAAGUAACUGUAAUCGGAUUAUGACCUUGAUAUUUUUAUGACAAUUUCUUUUUUUAUACUAUCAUUUGAACAUUUUCUGACAUUGAUAUACAUUUUGUCAAAAUAAAGUCUUCACUCUCCGAUUCCGAUGGAUUUCAUGUAAGUUUUUCAAAUUGUUGUUAUUUAUUUAUACAUGUUUUAUAGAUCCUCAAUUCAAAAUGGGAUGAGGUUCAAUUUGUUUUCACAGCUAUUAUUUGGCUUUUGGUUACAUUCAUCUCAAAAAUCUUGAUUGCAAAGUUAAGAUCUGAAAGGAUUGCUGAAUCUGCUUGUCAGAUUUUGAUUGGAAUUGGCUUUGCCAUAAUUUUCUGGAUUAUCGGACUUCCACCCGAAUUCUACAGAUUUGAUGCUCAUAUUUUCUUUGCAUUCCUUCUACCACCAAUCAUUUUCGAUGCUGGAUUAUUUAUGCCAAAUUUGCAAUUUUUCGAAAACUUUGAUUCAAUCAUGGUUUUUGCUGUUAUGGGAACUGUCUUCAAUACAUUGGCUAUUGGAAUUAGUUUGUCUAUGUUAAAUAUGUUCGGGAUGUUUGGAUCUAUUAUGAGUUCGUCGGAUAUUAUGAUGUUUGCUUCGCUAAUUUCAGCUGUCGAUCCGGUUGCUGUGAUCGCUGUUUUUGAAGAAAUCGGAGUUAAUAAAUCAUUAUUUGUCAAUGUUUUUGGUGAAGCACUUUUCAAUGAUGCGAUUUCUGUGGUCCUUUUUGGAAUAUUCAAGUCAUUUGCUUUGGCUGCUGAUAAAGUUCGAUCAAUAGAUUAUUUCUACGGAUUUCUUGGAUUUUUCUUAGUUUCAUUUGGUGGAGCAAUUAUUGGAAUAGUAUUUGCAUCACUCUCUGUGAUUAUUGCAAAGUUCUCAAAAGACUUGAUAAUUGUUUCAGGAAUAGUUUUGUGCGUUUCAUAUCUUGGAUAUAUUGUUUCAGAAAUCUGCUCAUUUUCAUCAAUCAUUGGGUGAGAUCGAAACUGAGCUCUAUGAUAAAAUUCUAUAUUUUUCAGAAUUGCUGUGACUGGCAUGAUUCUACAGUAUUAUUUGAAAUCAAUUUUGACUGAGAGAAAUUUGUUGGCUCUUGAAACUAUGACAAGAAAUUUGGCGCUUUCAUCGGAGUCAUUAACAUUUAUGUAAGAGUUACCAAAUAUAAACCUGCAUAAAUUCCUCAAUUUUACAGUCUUCUCGGUCUUGCUACAAUUUCAAUCCCUCAAUCAUGGAACACAUUAUUUGUGAUCUUCACUAUAAUAUUUUGUUUGCUUUUCCGAGUCGUGGCGAUUUUUGGUUUAUCCCGUCUAAUACCGCAUAAACACAUUCUUAUCGUAAGUAAUUCUCUUGUUUUUAUUUCUUUCCAAAAAUUAAUUCUAAGAAUAUUUUCAGAAUGAACAAAUUAUUAUCAGCUUUAGUGGAUUACGUGGUGCUAUUGCAUUCGGUGUUGUUUUGACAAUCCCGGAACAAGUGGCUGCAAAAAAUGUUUUUGUCACAACAACUCUUGCCGUCAUUUUUUUCAGUGUUAUUGUUCAAGGAUGUUUAAUCAGACCGAUGUUAAAAAUGAUGAGAAUUAAACUGGAUUCAGAUUGUGAGAAAGAAAAUGAAGGGUUUGAAAUUGUAUCUGGACAUGUUAUGAGUUUCGUUGAAGUUGUUGCUGACAGAAGAGGUAUUAAUCGAAUGAAGCAAAAUUUUAAAGAUUUUAAUAAUAAGUUUUUAAUGCCAUAUUUGAAAUAA